AUGGCCACAAUUGCACCUAAGGAGAAAAGUCCAGACGUUCCAGUUUAUGAAUUCAAGGAAGAUAUUUCAGUAAAUGUAGUAGAAAGAAAUGUAAAAAUACGAAAGUCCACACUAUUCGCAUGGGGAAUCAUAGUACCACUUCUCAUCGUUGCUGUCAUCAUAUUCGGCAGCUUAUACCUGAUCGCAAGAGCAAAACUUCAGAAAUACAAUGAUACUGUCCAGCCACCUGGUCAUUACGAUUUAAGUGUAUGCAAAAGGAAGUUCGAUGUACCUCCAUUAUUCAUCCUUAGUUUCGACGGUUUCCGAAAUAGCUAUUUGGAGCACAAUAUUACACCAUCAAUUCAACGUUUGAUAAACUAUGGCACCCACAGCAAAUAUAUGUUACCAACAUUUCCUUCUAAGACUUUUCCCAACCAUUACACCAUAGCAACCGGACUUUACCCAGCUUGGCAUGGAAUCGUAGAUAACGCUUUUUACGACACACAAUUUAAAGAUUUUUUCAAAAAAAGUACUAAUCAGUCUGGCUGGUACCUUGGAGAACCGAUAUGGGAAACAGCGCAAAAAGCUGGUCUCAAAUCAGCGGUAUUUUUCUGGCCUGGAAGUGAAGGAAUUGGGAAAUUACCUAACUUCUGGAUGAAAUACAACAGUUCUGUACCAUUUACAUAUCGGAUUGAUACACUAAUCAAAUGGCUGAAGCUUCCGGAUGGUGAACGGCCAUCACUUAUCCAAGCAUAUUUCGAAGAGCCUGAUUAUGCCGGACAUAUGGGUGGACCGGAUUCUCAAACGGUUCGCACAGCAAUGAUAUUAAUGGAUGGAAUGAUUAACUAUUUAAUAAGUCGACUGACUGAAGAAGGUCUUAUGGGUUGCAUUAAUUUCAUUUUGCUUUCCGAUCACGGCAUGCAGCAAAUGGACAAAAAGAAAUCUGUGGUUACUAUGAAUUACUUAGGACCACAAUUCAAUGACAUGUUUUUUUCUGGUGUGGUAGCUCGAGUAGAAAUCAACGAAAGCGCCCAUUCCUCUCAAAAAGAUGCAGAUAAUAUUAUCAAUGAUAUGAUUUCGAAGCUAGAAUGUCAGCAUGGAAAUAAUUACAUAGCAUACAGAAAGGAUUUGGUACCGAUAAGAUUUCAUUAUGCCGGUUCGCCAAGAAUAGGCGAUAUUGUCAUUAAAGGACGUCCAGGAGUGUGCAUUUUUAAAACAGAUGAGGAGAAAGAAUCGUAUAAACUUCUCGGUGACCAUGGCUAUGAUAAUAGAAUUAUCAGCAUGCGGGCUAUUUUCAUUGCCGUCGGUCCUGAUAUUGCGCAAAAUCGGGAGAUCAGUGCUUUUCAGAAUACUGAGCUUUAUAAUCUAUUCGCACAUUUAUUACGAAUUGAUGCGGCACCAAAUAAUGGAACGAACGGUAUUUUAUUCCCUGUCCUCCGCAAUCCGCCAGCUUUACCGAUAACGACUAUUGAUCAGCCAUCAGAUCAAUGCACUGAAAAGAUAAAUAUGAAAUUGUGUAAUUUCUCACAUAACUGCCAGUUAAUGGAUAACAUUUACCAAAAUUGUUCGGUGAUAUUUCACAGUUCUGUCAGUGCUAGUUAUCAUUUUACGGGUGAUCUCUGCAGUUUACAACUUUGCGACGCCAUUAUACAUUUUGAUAAGAAGUUGAGAAAAACAAUUAUGGUGGAAGGUAUCAUGAAGAACACUAUUUGGACGGAAGAGAUAAAGGAGAAUUGUGUGACUUAUAUUGAUAAUGUUACACAAACUAAUUCAUGUGAAAUUUCAAAGGAUGACAGUUACUCAUUAAUUUCGCUAUUUGGAAGGCUUGAUAGCUAUUAUACGUUUGAUCUUACUCGAUUGGUUGUGCCAAAAGUUUUUGUUGAUGGAAUAUGGCAAUAUGUCUUAAAUGAAACAGCUGAAUACCUAGUCAAAUACGGUAACUUACGAUUCUUCUCUGGUGCAAUAUAUGAUCAAGAUGGAGAUGGGGUACGAGACAGUGAUGAAGUUAUCAGGAAAAGUGACCCAUCACAUUUAUUUUUUGUACUUAUGUGGUGCAAGAAUCGCGCACUUAUCGGUCAUAAUUUAUGCAAGGAUACUGUCUUCGUCCCUUAUAUAUUACCAUUUAAAGGGAAAAAUUUGAACUGCUUGAAACCUACGGAAUAUCUCUAUGACAAUACAGUUCGAAUGCGUGAUAUCGAACUACUAACAGGAAUGGAGUUUUUCACUGACCGAAGCAUCUGGUCGAAUGAGGAAGCAAUCCAACUACGAACUUCGUUGCCGGAAAGAAAACGGCCGUCAUGA